AUGCCCCAGUCUAUCCGCAGCCACCGCGAUUCAACACAACCUUCAUCUUCCAGCAGACAGGCAACUCUCCUCAACGCCGACUAUGUGGACGUCAAGCAUAUGCAGCAGUUCGAAGAGGCGCUGCGGGAUGACGAUAGUUUGCUCGACCUCACCGUCCCGAACAGUCCCGUUGUUACCCCAAUGCACCUGUCUCCGCCACCAUCCUCGGGCAUCGCGUCAGGAAGGCGGAAACGUCUCCCGCGAACCCCGCGCAAGGGUCGCGAGUGGCUUUAUCUCAUUCUAAGAUGGCCGCUGCUAAGCCUGAUCUUGCUCUUCAUUUCCGUCCAAUUCGGCAUGUACGUCCUAAUCCGACAGCUGGUCAAUGCCAAAGAGUGGGCAUCGGCAUGGCGCGGCCGGCGCGGUGUCCUCCGUAAGAGAUUGCGCCAUGCUCGGUCAUACCAGGACUGGAAGGAUGCUGCACUGGCUCUGGACGAAUUCAUGCACUUCGAUGAUUGGAAGUUGAUGGACGAGGACAUGUACUACGACUGGAAACUGGUCAGGAAGGUUCGUCGGUCCCUUAAGGCUCUGCGAGAGAAGAAAGACUCUCGUGGGCUUUUGGGGGUGCUCGAGACUUGCAUUCGGACCAACUUUGCCGGCGUAGAGUCUGCUAGGUUAUACAGCGAGACAUUCUACGGCACGAAGACAUUGAUUGAGAGCGAGUGGUUUCAGCAUACACAUCCUGCCCAUGAUCAGAAGAAACGUUUCUUCAAGAGUGCAAAUGCGAAUUUGGGAACAUCUGCUCUGUGCCUCUCGGGCGGGGCCUCGUUUGGAUACUAUCACUUCGGCGUUGUGAAAGCCUUCCUAGAUCAGGAUCUGUUGCCCCGUGUGAUCUCUGGAACCUCCGCCGGUGGCCUAGUUGCGGCUCUCAUCGGCACUCGUACCGAUGCCGAAUUGAGGGAGCUUCUAGUUCCGGAGCUGGCAAAUCGCAUCACCGCUUGCGAGGACUCAUUCAACAUUUGGUUCCACAGGUUUUGGAGCACAGGCGCCAGGUUCGAUAGUGCAGCAUGGGCCAGGAAGGCGUGCUUCUUCACUCGAGGCUCGAUGACGUUCAGGGAAGCGUACAUGCGAACGGGGCGCAUUCUCAACAUCUCUGUUGUACCCGCCGAGCGUCAUUCACCAACGAAGCUUCUCAAUUAUAUCACCGCGCCUGAUACUGUUAUCUGGAGCGCACUGCUCGCUUCUGCCGCUGUUCCCGGCAUCCUCAACCCCGUGGCUUUGAUGCAGAAGACGAGGGAAGGGAACAUCAUUCCUUGGAAUUGGGGUAGCAAGUUCAAGGAUGGUUCUCUGAGGGUGGACAUCCCGGUCCAGGCACUCAAUCUCUACUUCAAUGUCACGCACCCGAUCGUUUCACAAGUGAAUCCGCAUGUGCACCUAUUCUUCUUUGCGCCUCAAGGCUCUGCGGGAAAGCCUGUGGCUCACAGCAAGGGUAAAGGAUGGAGAGGCAACUUCCUUCUAUCAGCGGGCGAACAGUGGUUGAAGUUAGAGCUCACGAAGAACUUCAAGCUUAUUCGGGAUCUUGAUCUUCUGCCACAACUGCUCGGCCAAGAUUGGUCCAGUGUAUUCCUCCAGCGGUUUGAGGGCUCUGUGACCAUUUGGCCGCGCACACGGUUCAUGGAUUGGGUUCACAUUUUGAGUGACCCAGACCCUCCGGAACUGGAGAGGAUGAUGAGGAUCGGACAACUUGUGACCUGGCCCAAGCUUCACAUGAUCGCGAACCGUCAUCGCCUCGAGAAGCAGAUAUUCUUGGCCGUCAAGCUGUCGUCGUGCACUACAGAGUCGCGGCUCUCUGGUCGACCGUUCCACCGCUAA